CGAAAGCUGUGUUGCGAGUUCGAACGAACUGUGAUAUCACUUGAUAUUUCGCAUCCUAAAGUAAAGUAAAAAUGUCUCUGCUGCCAUUCAUCCUGGGAUACCAACCGAACCGCCUUCGCGAUCAGGACUUCGGACUGGCGCUUACUCCGGACGAUCUCCUGACGGCCGUCAUCACGCCAACGAUGUCCAGAGAUUACUACCGGCCGUGGAAGCAGAUGGCGAUGGCCAAUAGAGACGUCGGUUCCACCAUCACCUCGAAUAAGGACAAAUUCCAGGUCAACUUAGACGUUCAACACUUUUCGCCCGAAGAAAUCUCAGUGAAGACAGCCGACGGCUACGUCAUCGUCGAAGGUAAGCACGAGGAGAGGCAGGACGAGCACGGCUACAUCUCUCGUCAGUUCACGCGGCGUUACGCUCUGCCAGAAAACUGUAACCCCGACACUGUCGAAUCUCGGCUGUCCUCUGACGGCGUGCUGACCGUGAUCGCUCCCAGGACUCCGGCUGCCACGAAGAACGAGCGAGCUGUUCCCAUCACUCAAACCGGCCCGGUCCGGAAGGAGAUUAAGGAGCCCACUGCGGAAGUUGAGAGCAACGAAACAAAACAAUGACUCUCGGAACGCUGUGAAUCAAAAAAGUGUAGCGUGUGUUAAUUUUAUUUGCAUUCCUCGUGCGUGCUUGUGAGACUGAUCGCUUUAUCGUAUUUAUAUUUAAUAAAACCUAUUAAUAAAUAAA